AUGGCGGCUCGGCGAAUCCCCGCUACCGUGGCCGCACUUGCCGCCGCAACUGCCGCUGGAUUCGCGUCCGCGAUCGCCGUUCUCGUCCUCUCGCGACCGCUCCACUCGCUUCCCGCGAUCCUCCAUGCCUUCCUCCUCCGCAUCCUGCGCCGCAUCACACGCACCUUCCUCCCUAAUUGCGCUGGCUCCACAUUACUCCAUAACACGCGAUCCGCCCUCUCGUCGUCUAUCGAGACGCCUCGAGUCUCGUCGCUACCCUCAUCGUUCAAUCAAAAUGCACCGCCCGAGUCUCACUGCCGCGUCGAUAUGGUCGGCUGGGAUUCUCUCCACGGCGUCGCUCCCCGCGAUAUCGACCGCUUCAAAGAUUCCCCCGCAGUAGAUGCGACUUGCUGUGCGACUGGCAUGGAGCCUACGUCUCAUACUCGCGACGGGCCAAGAGCUGCGAUCGGCCAUUGUAAAAGCCACGAAGCUUCGCGGAAGGGCGGCGACGGGCUGGUGGCGGCGAUCGGCAACACGCCGCUGAUUCGCAUCGCGAGUCUGUCCGCCGCGACUGGCUGCGAGAUCUACGGCAAGGCGGAGUUCGUCAACCCGGGCGGCAGCGUUAAAGACCGCGUGGCGCUACGGAUCGUGCAGGAGGCGCUCGAGUCUGGGCAGCUGAAACCCGGGGGGCUGAUAACGGAGGGCAGUGCGGGCAGCACAGGUGUCGCGCUCGCAUUGGUCGCCGCGGCGUUUGGCUGCCGCUGCUUCGUGGCGAUGCCGGACGAUGCUGCUGUUGAGAAGGCUGAGGCCAUGCGAGCUCUGGGUGCCGAGGUAGCACGUGUGCGCCCUGUGUCCAUCACCCAUCCCAUGCACUUUGUCAACGUUGCAAAGCGGAGAGCCGAGGAGGCGAGAGGGGGAGGAGAGGCGAGCAGGGGAGGGGAGGAGGCGGAGGAUAUGGGAAAAGAGGGGGGCGUGCGGGGGGGAGUGAUGACAGGAGGAGAGAAUGUGACAAACAAGAACUCGUUCGUCUUCCUCCCCUAUCUCACCUGCCUUCUUCUCCCCCUCCUCCUCCCCUUUCUCACCUGCCUUCUUCCCCUCCCCCUCCUCCCCUUUCUCACCUGCCUUCAACACUUCAGCAGACCCAGAGGCCCCAGGGAUGCUGCCACUGGCAGUGGCAGUGGCAGUGGCAGCGGCAGCGGCAGCGGCAGCGGUAACGACAGCAGUGACAGCGGUGGCAGGGACCCAGAGAGUACAUGUUGCAAUGGCAGCAUAGAUUCCUCUGCUGCUGCUGCCAGCACCAGCAAUGCCAUUGCGAGGUGUAGCUUGGAUUCAAAUUCCGCAUGCAUGGCGGAUGCCAGCAAUGGCUGCUCUGCUGAUGGGCUUGGCUCUCUGGCCAAUCCUGGUGUGCCACGUGGCAGCAGUGAUGGUUGCAACGCAGUUCUUGGGAGCAGCAGCAGCAGCAGCAGCAGCAGCAGCACCACCACCACCAUAAGCAGCAGUGGAUUCUUUGCGGAUCAGUUUGAGAAUCUGGCCAACUACCGAGCGCACUACUGUGGCACAGGCCCGGAGAUCUGGAGGCAGACGGGCGGCGCAGUGGAUGCUUUUGUGGCUGCUGCUGGCACUGGGGGGACCAUUGCUGGGGUGUCGUGCUUCCUCAAGGAGCAAAACCCUGCAGUGAAGGUUUACUUGAUUGACCCUCCAGGCUCGAGUCUUUUCCACAAGGUCACACGUGGAGUGCUGUACACUCGGCAGGAGGCCGAGGGGAGGCGGCUGCGCAACCCGUUUGACACGAUCACAGAGGGCAUCGGCAUCAACAGGCUGACGGCUAAUUUCAAUGCUGCGAGUAUCGAUGGCGCGUUCAGAGGGACGGAUAGAGAGGCCGUUGAGAUGGCGCGCUAUCUCUUGCGCAACGAAGGGCUCUUCAUUGGUUCCUCCUCGGCCAUGAACUGUGUGGGCGCCGUGCGCGUGGCAGAAAAGCUGGGCCCCGGGCAAACCAUCGUGACCAUGCUGUGUGACAGUGGCUUCCGGCAUCUCAGCAAGUUUCAUAACGAGGGGUAUCUGAGGGGGCACGGUCUGUCUCCUACUGCCAAGGGUCUGGAGUUUCUGGGUGGGCGGUUUGCUGAGGGGAGGUGA